AUGGUCAAAAUCCAAGAAGUUGAAGACGAACACUUCACCGAUGUGAAGCCUGCAUUCGCGGACGACGCUGAGGAUGACGAUUUCACCGAUACUGACAGCGAAAUCUCUGACGAGGAGGAGGGUGAUGAUGAGCUGGAGGAAACGCUUUACGACCGCCUUGUGGCUUUGAAGGAUAUCGUCCCAUUGAAACAGCGCACAUAUCUCUCCAACGGAGCUUCGCGCACCUAUAGGUGGAUUUCCAAGGGACUUUCCUUCGGUGGAUCUACGCUGUGGGUCUUGACUACCUCGGUCAUGAUUUUAGGAGUUCCAUAUGCGGUUGCCCUCCAAGGGGAUCAGCAAUUGGCCGAAAUGGAGAAGGAAUAUAACAUGCAACAAUUCACUACUGAGUCCUUGACUCCCGGCGCACAGUCGAUUCUCACGGAGGGAACCCAGGAAAAACCCCGGCAGUAA